AUGGACGUCGACCUGCAGGAGGAGCGGCGCCUCGUGGACGCCUGGGUGGCGGGCUGGUCGCCAAGGGCCGCCGCAUGCCUGGCCGGGCCUCGUAAUGCAUCUGAGCCGGGCGACGAGGAUUGGCCCUCCGCGGAAAAUUGCCCUUCCGCCUCGGAAUCGCAGGGGCCUGACCCGUGGCAUGAGAGCCUGAAGGCGAUCAAGGUGCUGGUGGUGCUGUGCUCCGAGGUGCAGCUGCUGGAGCGCGUGGCACGGGAGCGCGUGUACCCGAUGCUGUGCAUCGUGGGCGACCGGCUGGCCGGGGGCCGGCCGGCGCCGAUGGGCGACGCGGAGGUUAUGCUGGCGGGCUUCCUCCCCUGUCUGCAGGACCUGCUGGACUUCCUGGAGCAGAUGGAUCUGGUGGUGGCGCAGUUGCUGGCCCAUGUGGGGGAGAUUUACGGCGACGGGUCGGUGGUCAUGCGGCGCAGCGUGAUGUACAGGGCGUUCGAGGCCGCGGGCGCGGGCCUGCUGGUGCUGUGGACGGCGCAGACGGUGGUCGCGCUGAAAAUCCUGCCGCUGUUCUUCACCUACCGGCGGAUGCUGCACACGAUGAUGUCCAAGGCGGACAGGCACGCGCAGGAUCUGGGCGUGCUGGAGGACGUGCAGGGCCAGGUGGUGAAGAUGGAGGAGGCGCUGCGCAUGGGGCCCUACACCACGUUCAUCGACACGCACGUGAAGCAGGGCGCGGCGGCCGACCUGCUCAAGAGCAAGCGCUUCGGCCACGUGAUCGACUUCUACCUGAGGGACGCCACGGCGGGGCUUCUCGAGCGGCUGGACACCUACGCGGAGAUGCCGGCCGACAGGGGGCUGCUGCUGUCCAGCCUGGUGCUGUUCGUGACCUGCUCCUGGGGCUGCCCGGGCCUGCGGGACCGCAAGCUGGUGCGGCAGCUGGCGGAGGUGCAGCAGAAGGCGCCCAUCCUACCCCUGCACUGCAACCUGGUGGUCAACCCCGCGCGCUUCUUGCUGGACAUGCUGCCGCCCUCCUUCCUGCCGCUGCUGCCAAGGGACUACGCGCGCCAGGCCGCCGGCCACUCCGCCGCCUACCUCGCCGAGGUGUCGGAGUCGAUGAAGGAAUCCCUGGAGGCGGCGGCGUUCAAGGGGGCGGUGUGGUCCGCGGAGCUGGCCGCGCUGAGGCAGAGUAUGAAGACCCCCAUCAGGGUGCGCUGGCUGGCCAGGCUGCAGGGGGUGGUGGUGGAGGGCCUGCAGUUGCUGACGCGGCUGAAGUCGCUGCUGCAGACGGUGAUCCAGCUGCACGUGGAGCAGCAGGAGCCCUUGAGCAAGGGCGGGCUGUGGUGCGUAGCGGACUGCAUAUGCAUGCUGAAGUCCGUGGCCGCCACGCUCCGGCAGUUUGGGGACGUCAUCGAGCCCAGGAUUCCUGAUAUCAUGGGCCAGACGAAGGCGCAGUUGGUGGAGCAGCUGGCGAAGACGUUGAAGAAGGUGACCAGGCUGGAGAAGAACAAGGCACCGCUGAUGGGGGUGGGCACAAUGAGGUAUCUUGGCGUGAUGAAUCACAAAAGGGAUUCAGAAAGCAGGGCUGUGGGCGCGUGGCUCAUCAGCCAGGCGAUGGAAGUUGCGGAGAGCGACCUGUGCAGCCCGCAGAUGCUGUCUUUGAGGCUAACCUUCGAUGCCCUCUCUGGGGUGUCUGUGGUGGAGGAGCCGGCCAUGGCUGGCAUGAGGCACCUGUUGGAUGAGCUUGACUGCUUGUCGGCUUAUUCCCAGCAGGUGGAGGUCUUGGGCAAGUGUGAGUUCCUGUACUUUCACCCAGAGCUGGUGAGGAACAUUCUGGAUGACAUGCUGUGGAACUCCCACAGGGCUGCGCAACUUGGGCAGCUGGUGGGCAGCUUCCUUGACGUGCGGCACUUGCUGGACAGCACGGGGUUCAAUGCCUCUGCCAAAGACCUUGAGCUGGAGCUCAGUGCAAUGGUGCGAACCCACCUGCUGGAUCCGUUGUGCGAAGCUGUGGAGAUGGAUCUGCACCAGCAGGCACGAGUCUUAGGCACAAAAGAUGGGGACCCGAUGCCGCAGAACAUGGGUGAACUGAGAAAUCUGAGCCCCAUAAUGGAGCUCACAACUCUGAAAGUGGGUGAAAGUGAAGUUGACAUUAAACACUAUGUGUCUGAGAGCCUGCAGCGGAAGAUGCGAAGCUGGUUGUCUCAUGGUUCAGUGGACUGGCAGACGAUUGGCCUGAUCAGGAAUCUAGCAGCAAGCAAAUAUGGAGUGAAGGUUGCCACAGUAGAGGCGCAAGAGGCUGUAUUUAGUGCGGAGCUGGAUAAAUUGAGCACUGUAGAGGGCGUGAGGCGUUUUGCGGACACGUACUCACUACAGCUGCACAGCCUUGCAUUUGUGAAGUUGACUCCCAUGCCCUUGGGUACCCUUGCGGACACCCCUGAACAUGUGGAUGUCAGCCAGUUUGUGGAGUUAAUAAAGGCCGACAUGCUGGACAUUGGCCCUGAGGCUCUCAGGUGUGUGGAGAAAGACCUGGAUCGGCGUGACGAAUCGGGAGACAGUGCUGGCGUUGGCACUGAUAAUGGUGGAGAUGUGAAGGAAGACGAUGCAGCGAUGGCGUUGUCAACGGGCGAUGGCGUAGUGGAACAGGAAGAUGUUUCAGCAGUGAGGCGGGUUUCGUCUGAGGCUGAUGCUGUUGGCUUGGGGGUAGCUGUAGCUGAAGCAUCGACAUCGAUGGGCCCCAAGAGCCCCUCCCCACAGGUAGAGGUCUGCGAGGGCAGCGAAAUAUUCGAUCUGCAGCUGCAGUCACCUGGUCCAUCAGAUUGGACUUACCUUCGCGAGGCACGGGAGAUCAGCCCACAUGAGUCCGCUGACUCACAGGACUCGGGCCAGGAGGGUGGGGGCCCUGCCAAACCACCAACCGCAAGGCAGCUGCGUGUCUCCUCCGCACUUCGAUCCAUGACACAGUUCCUGUCCACAAAGCUGAAGGAUCUGGCCAACUUGUGUCUGGCCGCAGAGGCGCGGAGCAUCAUCUCGCAGACCACGCAGCGCUGGCACAACAGCAAGAAGGCUGUGGGAAACCAGUACCCCGUCGCCCAAGCAGAACUGGUGCGAAAGGAGGUGCUGGCGCUGCUGAAGGCUGGCACCCUGUCGAUGAACCCGCUGCAAGCCAUACGGUUCGAGCUUGUGAGUGUGGGCCGUGCGGUGGCCCUGAUCAUGAUCCUAUGCCAGGGGAUGGCCCACUUUGGGGAGAGGGCUCGCAGCCUGCUGCCACGAGCCAUCGUUCGUUCCUUCAAGACCUUCCACGACUGCCUGAGCCAGGUGCAGGCGCCUGAGGAGGUGCUUGCCCAAGGGCUGACUUUCGACCGAUCCAUGGGCCCAUUCAGCCGCCUUACCCCAGGGCACACAAGAUACCUCGGCCUGCUCAGGCGGGCGUUCGUUGCUGCCCUGGAUGACAACAUGCUGUCUGGCAUGCAGUCACUGUUUGUGUUGGUGCCUGCGCUGACCCUGGACCAUGUGGACGUUAUGCGCUCGGUGAAGGCGCAGCAGCAGGGCAUUGGGCACUCAGACGUCGUGGGCUUUGCAGAUGAGAGCUUUGCUCUGGGGCUGUCGUAUGUGGUGUCGAUGCUUGGCCAGCGGGAGGCCUUCGACUCGCUGCACUGGUUCAGCUCCUCACAGCGGCACCUGCACCAACGGCGGGUCAGGCUGCUGGCGACUUCGGAUGCAGGCAGUGUGCCGAGGCGGGCAGGGGCCCCAAGGAACCAAAGGGACGCAGAGGCACAGAGGGCGGCCAAGGUGAUCGAGGGUGUGUGGGGCACGAUGCAGGAGCUCAGGCUUCUGGAGCACACAAUGUUGUGUGCGUGGGUGCUCUUCGACUACAGGGGUGGGCAAGGUGGUGAUGGCGGGGAUAGGUAG